UCUUCUCUGCCUCAGGAGUCCGCAGUGAGGAGAAUAUUAAUGGUUGUGAUAUGAACCCGUGCAUGAACGGUGGCGUGUGCGAAAAUCAGGAUGGACAAUACAAAUGUCACUGUUCCCAAAUGAGCUAUAAUGGACACCUCUAUGGAGGGCCAUACUGCACGGUAAUCCUGCUCGGCUGUGAACGUCACUGGUGCCAGAACGGUGCCACUUGCUAUCCGUACCUGGACAAAGGACGGCAUCGAUACAGCUGCAUCUGCCCUGAGGGUUUCACUGGAACAAAAUGCCAGACGUCCACCGCCUUCUCCUUUGAAGAAAGUGGAUUCAUGCAGGUCCAAACCAAACUCACUAAAGCUUUCGAACCUUUGAAUGUCACUCUGAGUUUCCGCACGUUGCAGGCAGCGGCCACUCUGCUCCAGUGCCAUGUUGAAGAUCAGUUUCUUAUGCUGGAGUUAGUGAAUGGAAGAGUACGGCAUACAUUGCAGCGAGCCCAGGACACUGAAAGCGUUUUUCUAGAGCUUCCGCCGAUGGUCUCUGAUGGCCACUGGCACACGGUCAAGGCCUCGCUGCGCAACAACAUGCUCGGGCUGAGUCUUACAGACCCUUCUUGCCUUGAGGACAUGUGUCAUAUGGAAGUACAGAUUGAUCGAGCAGAGCCCGAACUGGGUUCAGGUCUGUCUGAGUUAACUGUGAUCCAGAAUCUCUACAUAGGUGGAAGAGGAGAGAAUGAGACUGCUUCAGGCCUUUUGGGAUGUAUGAGGGAUGUGUGGUUGGAUUCACGCAUCGUGGUGCCCGGACUGGGGCUGAGGAGUCCUGCUAAGCAACUUAAUGUGAAACAGGGCUGCAGUGACUGGGACCGCUGCAAGGAAAACCCAUGCCAGAACAGAGGCAGAUGUGUUAAGACUGGAUGGAGAAGCUUUAGCUGCGAAUGUCAUCGGCCUUAUGAGGGCGAGCACUGUUUAGAUGAGUAUGUAGCUGCAAGGUUUGGAAGUGAAGAUCUGGAGAGCUAUGCUGUGUUCACAGUGGAAGACGAUCCAGGUGACAGUAACACCGUGUCCAUGUUCGUCCGCACGCGCCGCUCACAGGGCUUGCUCCUGGUCCUCUCCAACACCACCAGUCAGUAUCUGCGUGUCUGGUUAGAGGAUGGAAAGGUCAAAGUUCAAAUCAACAACUUUGAAAGCCUGCUAGGAACGGAAACAGUCAGUGAUGGUCACUUUCAUCUCAUAACUGUGCUUGUGGAGCCAGAAUCCCUGUCCCUGUUUAUGUCUGCUAAGAGCCAAGGCCGCAUCCCCAUCCGCAGUGUGCUGGUCCAGGCUGGAGAUGUGGUGUAUGUGGGGGGUUUACCGGACCGCCGUGCAUCGCUAGCCUUCGGCGGCUACUUUAAGGGCUGUGUCCAAGACCUCCGUAUAAACAGCAGACGCCUGCAGUUCUACCCCGUCAGUGUCCCGGCGAGCUCCUACCGGCUCCAGAGCUUGAUGAAAGUCACACGUGGCUGUACUGGCGACGACUCCUGCACUAAUAAUCCCUGCUUGCAUGGAGGUGUGUGUUACUCCAUGUGGGAUGAUUUCACGUGCAGCUGCCCACCCAAUACAGCGGGACAGCGCUGUGAGGAGGUCAGGUGGUGUGAGCUGUCUCCAUGUCCGUCCUCUGCCGUGUGUCAAGCCCACACUCAGGGCUUUGAAUGUUUGGUCAAUGUUAGCCUCCGCAGCGACAGCCACAUAAUCACCUAUCGUGGCAAUGGAAAAAUACAGCAAUACCUCGGCAGCAUUUCAAUGCAUUUCCGUACCAGGCAGCAGAAUGCGACUCUACUGCAUGCUGAGCGGGAUUCUCAGUUCAUUACCAUUUCCAUCCACGAUGGACACGUGGUUUUAGAGCUGCAGGGAGAAAAACAAACUUCCUAUGUAUAUAUCCACAGCCUGGACCUGGUGAAUGAUGGUCAGUGGCACAAAGCAGACUUUAGCAUGGACAGGCCAGUCCUCCAGUCAUCCAGAUGGAGAAUAGUUGUGGACGAGCGCUGGGAGAAACCCUCCGUCUCCUUCACAGCCUCAGGAGAUCUGGAUUUCCUCCGAGAAGAUGUGGACAUCAUCUUAGGGGGCUUGGGACCCGAUUCGGAGGGUAACUUCGCUGGCUGUCUCGGUUUGGUGGAGAUCGGAGGCCUUGCAUUGCCACAUUACAGUGAAGUGGAGAUGAACCAGCCCAGACCCCAGGAAGAGCGGUUUCUGAGGACUUCUGGUACUCCCUACUUCGGCUGCUGGGGAUCUAAUGUCUGUGAGCCUGACCCUUGCCAAAAUGAAGGGGUUUGUGAAGAUCUGUUCAACCUUUUCAAAUGCCAUUGCCCAUCUGAUUGGGAUGGCCAACGCUGUGAAUUCACUGUAGAUGAUUGUGCAUCAAACCCAUGUGUUCACGGAGCCUGCAGAGCGAUCUCAUCUGGAUACGAGUGCUCGUGUGAUGCAGGCUACACCGGUCGGCGCUGUGAAACGGAGGUGGAUGUAUGCGCCCACCACAAGUGCAGCAAUGGCGGAACAUGCCUAAGAGGAUUGAAACAUUACUCAUGUCUCUGUCCAAGAAGCACGACGGGUCCUUUCUGCAGGGAGAGAGUUCCACAGCUUCCAUGGUAUAUCAACAGGUUUCCAUACCCUAAACUUCCUGUGUCUUUCUGCGGGAAUGAGAGAUGGAAUUACAGUUGCUUCAAUGGUGGGAAUUGCUCUUCUGUAGAGCAUAAUUGUGACUGUCUACCUGGAUUCACUGGACAGUGGUGCGAGCUGGAGCUGGAUGAAUGUGCAUCUGACCCCUGCCUUAAUGGAGGCUUCUGCCGCAAUCUGAUCAACAGGUUCCAGUGUGUGUGCGAGAUGAGCUUUGCUGGUGAUCACUGUCAGAUCGACGUCAGCGACUUCUACGUCUAUGUGUUCCUGCUCCUGUGGCAGAACAUCUUCCAGCUGUUGUCAUACCUGAUUUUGCGUUUAGAUGAUGACCCAGCGGUUGAGUGGAACGCAGCCAAUGAUGACUAGGACUAAAAACAGUUUUUUCCCAGAUGUGGGCUGAUGGAUACAAUACGUGAAGGCCUUUAAAUAUCAUUAAAGGUCAUUAUGGGAAGUAGCAAACCUUUUUUUUUUUUUUGGACAAAAUGUAGAUUAAGAAACAUUCAGUGAGAAUACCAAUAUGUGAUUGGUUGUCUGCUAAUGGAGCAGAGAAAAUGAAGCAUUUUAGAAUAAUACUGAUAUUUAAAGGGGUCAUCCGAUGCUACAUGCACUUUUACAAGUUGUUUGAAAUGA